AUGGAAGGAAAAAAAAGCUAUAGGAAUAAGCUUAUAUGUGGGGGAUGGAAUGGGGUCAUUAGUAGUGUGGUAGAUGAAGGUGUAUGUGUACGAGCGGGUUGUUUGCAUGCUAAGCCUACUAUGUUACAUGUGAUGGGAGUUGUUUGUGAGAGGGAACUUAG